CAAUGGCUGCAGUUCUUAUAGCACCCCACGGGUAUCCCAUCUGGCCAUUUCUCUUCCUUUGUGUCUUCCUUCUUCAUACUUCUUACAUUAUUUGGGUACUGUGUGCCCUUGUUGAAUCAUCGCCUUGAACCUCUCACCCUUCGCUGAAGAUGCUUGCUCUGAACUACUUAUUCAUUCUCGUGCUGCCCACCGUCCUUACUGUGCCUCUGCCCAAUCCAUAUGUCGUCUGGCACAAUCCUCAAAACAUCACUGAGCCUGCAGCGCUAACGCCGUCGAUCAACCCUGCUUUGAUUACGACGAACGUCGAUAGAUCGCGCAGUGUCCGUGCUGCAUCGGGCGACCAUGGAGACUUGGGGGAUGGCAUGGUGGAGAAAUCGGCUUUGGUACUCUGGGAGAGAUGUACGACUUUGCAGACUCUGAGUCUUAAGGUCUGGGGCCACCGGUGAUGAACCACCUCCUUUCCUACCUUGAGUGUAGACAGUCGGAUGGGAUGGACGAUGCCAACGGUAUUGGGUCGCAUUCAUGUCAUCAUAUUGAGCCA